AUGGCGCUUGGACUUCCUCGUUUGCGACCGCUCGACCACACAGCCACAGCAUGGGCCAGCGAGCAGUGCGAAUCUUUAGCCACACGUAACGGCGCUCUCAACCUUUACCAGCGCCUCGUCGAGAACGGCGAAAUCUGGAGCCUCUCGUCGCUCUCCGUCGACCUACGAGAGCCUCGACUGCCCGAAUACGAACGUGAAACGCCGACCGACGAGGAACAGGAUCAUUACCUCAACGAAAUUCUACUAACUGAGAAACGUAUCUGCCGCUGGGCGCUGUCAGACACGCCAUUUGCCAAAGCGACUUUUCACCGGCAGUCUGUCUUGCGUCGAGUCGUUACGGCCAUCAUAAAUCGCUACUCUGAUACCGUGCGAGAGGAGCAGCGAUCGAGAAAGUCGCCGGAAAGUAGUGAGAGAGAUGUGGAGACGGACAGUGCGGCAGAGAGCAAGAAACGCGAGACGGACGUGCUGAUUGAGUUGGGAGUCAAGACAGGACUGUCGCUGCUGUUUUCUCUUCUCAGACAGGCGUGGAGUGCGGAGAGAGGAACGAGGAAUGUGGACAUUUGUAACAGUGUGUUGAGGACUGCACAUGAUGUGUUGUCUGGUCUUCCUCCGGGUUUGUUGGCUGGGAAGACGAAGAUUGGUUCGUUAGCUUGGCAGAGUUUGGAUGAAGUUUGUGGAUUUUUGAAGGAAGUGGCUGUGCCCGAGUCGCCGGCUGAUGUGGAUGGUCGUGAGCUGGCGCUUGAGCUGUUUCUUCUUAUUGCUCUGCAGCGAGCGUCGCUUUCGCAUUUGUUGAGAUGGAUUGAAGUAGCGAUUCUUGCUAAUUCGGAUCUGAGGAAAAUUGGCGUUGGAGCUAAUGGAGGUGGCAAUGACUGCAGAAUGGUAGAGGUGUCUGGUUCAGUUAUAAGGCAAAUCAUUACUGAAGUUGUCAAAGCUGUUCAACUUGAUGACCAGACAGACGAUGUUAGCACUUUGUUGGCUCAAGUUGGUUGUGAUCAGGACAAGGUAGCUUCUCACAAGGCUGCCAUCGUACUACUAUCUGAAAUUACAAAGAGGGCAAAUCACUAUACCGAGGUAUCAGCUGGAGAGACAACAUUAUGUCAUAACUCAGUAACCGUGAGAAGUGAGCAAAUGGAGACAUAUGUUUGGGGCAGUAACAGCAGUCAUCAGCUAACACUAGGCAGUCAGGAAAAAGUACUUGUAGCAAAGCUUUCCACUGAACUCAGUGGCCAUGUUCAGGUUGAGGGAGGCCAAUACUGUACGUUUGUUAUAUCAUCAAAAGGAGAGAUCAAGGGAUGUGGGAAGGGUAGUUAUGGCCGACUGGGAAUGGGUGACUCCAACACACAACAUCGUCUCAAAUCUAUUCCCCUGUUUCUGUCCAACAGUAUUGUCAUUAGAACUGUGUCUUCAUCGAAGGGAUCGGAUGGUCAUACUCUAGCUAUCAGUGAUUGUGGUCGUGUGUACAGUUGGGGUGAUGGUGAUUAUGGCAAACUGGGACACGGCAAUCGGACAACAACUAAAGUUCCAAAAUUGAUUGAAAGUUUAAGUGACAAGGUUGUUGUGUGUGUCUCUGCUGGUUUUCGUCACAGUGCUGCUGUCACUGAGUACAAUGAACUGUACACGUGGGGUGAAGGAGACCACGGUCGCUUGGGCCAUGGAAACACUGACAACAAACUGUCUCCAACACUUGUGCAGGGAAUCAGUGGAGUUGGUUCAGUAGUUUGUGCCAGCUCACAUACAUUAGCACUUUCUCAGAAUGGAAUGACAGUGUGGUCGUUUGGUGGAGGAGAUCACGGAAAACUAGGUAAUGGUAGCUCAGCGAAUGUCUCAUCUCCCAAGACAAUUGAUCAUCUCUCAAAUAUGAAUAUUGAAAAGAUUGAUGCUGGGAGUCAGUACAGUCUGGCUCUCACUCAGUUUGGACAGAUUUAUGUGUGGGGGAGUGGUCAUUGCCUCGGCAUGGAGGCAACGACUCAGUCGCUUCCUACACUGCUGGAAUCUCUUGCAGACAAGAAUAUUAUUGAUAUCUCAGCAGGAGACGGUCACUGUCUUGCUUUAACACAGGAUUGUGAAGUAUAUGCAUGGGGUGCAAACACAAUGGGUCAAUGCGGUUUGGGCGAUUUGGCAAGUCCAGUGAAGACACCACAACGAGUUAAAGGACUUGAGGGUGUACCUGUACAGCAAGUGGCAGCUGGAACGUCUCACAGUAUGGCAUGGACGGUGCCACCUACCGGCAGGCGAACUCUGACAUGGCAUAGGCCGUACUGCAUUGAAGUGAACUCUCAUACAUUUGAGAAACUGAGACAGUUUCUUGAGCAGUAUGCUGUGACGUUGUCUUCUCAUGAUAAACCGGUGCCACCAUUCUCCACUCAAAGUGAACAGGAGAGUUUUGUAUUGACAUGCCUCUCUUUGCUGCAAACACAUGUAAAUCUAGCUGAGUCGUGGCGACGAAUGUCAGGAAUCUCACUAGAUGUUGAGAUGAGGAGACUUCGCCAAUUAAUCUUCCGACUCAUUGAUCUCGGACUACCGACUACGAUACAACAAGUUAUUUGCAAAGUUGUCUCUGCGGGUGCAUCGCUGCUUCUGCCACCAUUGCAAGAGCGACUGGAGUUGUUGCAUGGGCUUUUACCUCAUGGUGACAGGGGAUGGAAUGAUUUGUCUGCAGGACAGCGUUUGCAACUGAGAGUAUAUCUGGAGAGUUUACAUGACAGUCGUCAUGUUGCAAUGCUACUUGGUCCACUGUACAAGGCCAAUGAUCGAUCAAGUGAAGAAACAUCAGCUCAAUUGGUGGCCAAUCUGAUGAAGACUGUGCUUGGGAAUUUGUGUUCAGAUACUGAGAGAGCAAUUCAGAAAGUUGUGGAAGAAACUUCAAACAAUGAUGUUCAGGAAACAGUUGAUGUUACAGUGGAGUCACCAUCUCUGCUUUUACCUCUUCUUGCUUUGCUUCAUCGUCAUCUUGUGUCUGUUUGCAUGGUAAAGUCAUCAGUGACUCAAAGCAAGGUGUCUGAUGAAACGAGAUUUAUGAUAGUCUACAGAGCUUCAUCAGCCUUCAUGCUCUACAGGAAUCACUUUGCACUCUAUUUAUCAUGCUGCUGUGACUUGCUCGAAAUGUCAGUCAAGCCUCUUCAGGUGUUGCCUUCAUGUUCCAGGAAAUUAGAUGAUAUGUUGUACAACUCUGUCACUGGUUCACUUCUUUCCCAGUUUGUUCAUGGUCUUCUGAUAUUUCCUACUCAUUUGGUUCAAGAGUUAUUUCCUGUUUGCUUGCGACUUCUUGCUCAUUUGGAUAAAGUCUGCAGAUGCCUUCCAGUAGAUCAACUCUCUUACCUUGAGAGUGCAGAGCUAGACAAGCCUCUUUCAAUUAAUUGCCUAGAGAUGACUAAUUUAUCAGGGAAUCAGAAGACUCCACCAUGGGAAUGGUUGGUUGACAUUGAACGAACUUGUGCUCUUGCUGUUGGUUGCUGCUUGAAGAAAACCAUUGAGGGUGAAACUGUAGAAGUGACAGAGGAAGAACGAAUGUGUUCAGAAUGGACAACAUCACAGCUGCUCAGCAAUGGCCUGGAAGAUAUGUCACAAGAACUCAAAACUGACUCUGCUUUACUGAGUGGUGGUGUCACUGUGGAUAUUCCUUUGUCAGAGUUGUCUCCUGAAAAUCAAGUGCUUGUUGCAUUAGCCCUCGGUAGGGACAAUGAUCACGCCAACCACAUCUGGGAGAAUAUGAUAGCUUAUGCUAUUCAUCAUGAUUGGGAGACAGCAACAGAGCAGGAAGACCUUCAGUUGAACUCUGUGUCUCGUCAUGUUUUGGCAGCACUGAUUAAACAUUGUAACUUGAUGAGUGUGAUCAUGCAGGCAAGGGGUAGUGGACUCAAACAUGGUGCUGUUGUGGACGUUUAUCGACACGCAUUCAAAACUCGUCGUCAGCUUGUUCACCUUCGCGACAGUUAUGAACAGGCCGGAUCAGAGACAACAGCAUACCAGACAGCUUGCAUCCACAUUCGAUCACGCUGUAUGUUCUUGCUGUUGCAUGUUAACUCAGCAGUGCAAAGUGAAGAGGCUUUUAUCCCUCUGUCACUUUCUACUAAGAAACAAAGCAGUACAACUCAUGAGGACAUGCAGUCUAGUACUGAGACUCCACUUGCUUUUGAUGAUCAAGAGCAAGCAAGAAAAUCAGGUAGUCCAAUUGAAUCUUUAAAGAAGAUCAGCAUGCCAGUAAGGAUGUUAUCAGUAACUGACAAUGGAAGAUUUAAGGAUGAUGGUGGAGUGUUUCCAUCUGGUACUGUUAAGGCUGUUAGCUGUGAGUCACGAGAGUCAAAGGAAGGGAGUGACAUGAUGUCUUUGGCAUCGGUGAAAGAAGCUUUGAGACGCUUACGUUGGAGACGAGAACGAAUGGAACGGUCAGCAUCCAUUCACUCAAAGCGUCAGAGUAAAAAGAAUUUAGGCCACUCAAAAUAUGCAAGAAAGUUGCCAUAUGGUCACAAGACAGUGUUACAACACGUGUCUUCCCUGGUCGUAGAUUUUGUUAAGAGCGAUGGAGGUGUCUGUGUACUGGAUAUUUCGGAUGGCGAAAGAAAGACACCAGAACCAUUGCAUGCAUCUCGUUGUCGGAAAACAGAACCUGUGAUUGUGCUUAAUGCCAUGCAACAACAACAAUGCAGAGCUGAGGUUCGUUUUGAAGCUCUGGAGCAGUUUGGAUGCCUGAUUAACUUUGAACGUUUGAUGAACCAAACGUAUAUUUCUCGGUCACUCAUAACAUCUGUACAUCUACAACUACUUGCUAGUUGCUUAGGUCUCAGUUGUCUUGAUGGUCAUGACAAUGAGUCGGACACUGAACCAAAGACAGUCUUUAACUACCAGGAUCAUGUUCAUGCUGCAAAGAGUGGCAUGCAGCAGAGAAUACAGUCGGCUGCUCAGAUUAUCUACACUCAUUUGAUUGAUAUAUUAGGACAGUACACCCUACAGGAGACGCCUUCAGUUCAGUCCAGCCUGGCACUGUGUGGUGUUGCAGGACUUAGUACAAAACAUCAUUUACCUGAUCUUAAUCAUUUGUCUUCUUCUGGUGUUUUAACUCACUUGGGUUCCCUUAUCUCACGUGUGGAUAUCAAGACUCCACGCUUGUUACGGCAAGCUGCAAAACGAUUGCUCAAAGCACUGUCUCUCACUGGAAGUUGUCUUUCUGAUCGUUUGUCUGAAUCAACUGCUCAAACACUUUUGAACUUGCAUUUUGACCAUGUCACGGCUUUGCACAAUGCUGUCAUGAUAAGAAGUCAAAACAAGAGCCUCACUAGUCAUUUGGCUUUAGAAAAGUUACAGGAGGCUCUUAGCAAUGCCUUGAUGACUCUCAAGAGAAUCUCAACAGCAGAAAAGUUUAAUCUUCUACUUUGUGACAUCAAAUGGGUAACGUUGUUGUUGGACGUUGCUCGCAGUCCUUGCAAUUUUGCAGUUUUAAGUGUUUGUGGGCUGAAGCCACGACUGCUAGCCUUGCUUCUUCUUGAUGCAAUUCUACGAUGUGGAGACAUUGAGCAGAAGGGAAUGGUAGUUGAGCAAUUGUUUGAGCUCUUAGCUGGUACUACAAGUAAACAGUUGGACAGUGGCAAUUCUUGUCUCGAGGUACCAGCAAUGGAUGUGGAUUUGUUAGAUGAAGAUGAUGGAAUGGUUCCCUUACACAUGAAAUUUGAGCAAUCUCGAAGUGUGCGUUGCAAAGUGAUGGGAAAUGUGAUUACUCAUCAGAGCAGUAAUGAUGGAUAUGCUGUAGGCUCGAUGGCCUUGUACAGUGGACUUUUCCGAUGGAAGGUUUCAAUUGAAAAUGAAAUGCUGGGUGAUGAGUCAACAUGUGUGGGAGUGAGCAAGUAUCCUUUGCAAGACUUUGAUUACUCAAUGACGACUGACAUGUGGCUGUAUCGAGCUAAUGAUGGGUAUGUAUAUCAUGCAGGAAAGGAAAAGAUUUAUUUACAGCCAUACAGCCAAGGAGAUAUGAUCACGGUUGAGGUGAACAUGGUAUCCAAGUCAAUAUCAUUUGCUAAGAAUGAUAGCAAGCUUCAACUUGCUGGCUACUUUGAUGUCGACAUUUUGUAUCCUGUUGUGGUGUUUCAGGGUGGGCAAAAUGAAAAGAGAGUGUCUGUUGGUGCUUGUUUUACCUGCCAAAAUGCUCCUCCAGUCUUGUCUGUUGGAGACCCUUUGUGUGCACCUUCUGCUGCAGUGUUGGCUCAGUCAACUGUUGACCUCUUACGGAGCCUCCAUGGUACACAUGGAUGGAUGGCAUUUGUAAAUGAUGUGAUUUUGAAUGCUUUGAAAAGUGCCGGAGAGUUACUAGGCAAUGAAACUAGAAGAUGGAUGGAGUCAGUGAUGAUGGAUGUAGGUAUUAAUAGUGAAGAAACAAGACAGGGCCAAGGAGAUAGUUCUAGAAUGCAACAUCUGAUUAAGGAUGAUGUUGUGGAUCAUUUGUGUGUACAUGUAUGGCCUGUAUUAGCUGUGAUUGGUGGAGUCGACGAUGGGCUACGGGUUGGAGCUCGUUGUGUUUUAGUAAAUGAAGACAAAAUGGGAACCAUAUUGGGCUCAGUGAAGAGAAAGAGUCGACAUGUUCAUGUGCAGCUGGAUGAUGCAGACUCACCAACUGUGGAUGUUUUAGUGCAAAGUGUUAGGCCAGUGCUUCCAAGUCCUUUUGCCAUAUCCGAUCUACCUGAAGUGUCACAAGAAGCUCUUUCCAGUGUUGUGGUACUCAGCGGCCUCUUGACUGCAGGGAAAUUACCAUUUAGCAUGGCAUCAGAUUCGUCUUCGAAACGAUUAGGUGAUGACACAUCUAUUCAACCUCACGAUGUUGCCAGCAAGCAUGAACUUUUUCAAAUGAAAGUUCGUAAUCUUCAGAUUGGAGCACUGAAGACAUUACGUGUAUUACUAAGCAGCUCAAAGUAUGCGGAUCCUUUGGUUUUUCACUCAUUCACUCGUAAUGAUGCAGGACACACCACACUGUCUCCUUUUGUCAUGAAAACAUUGCAUCUCAUUGUUGGUAGAGCUAUUUGCCCAUCACCCAUUGCAAGGAUUUUGUCAAUAAGUGAACUGGAACGUGCAUAUAGUAUUCUUAUGAAAUGCAGCUUAGCUAGUGGAUUGGAUGGUUCAUUGGAAGACGGUCCUUUAGAAGACAGUUUAGAUGCACUUCCAUCAGACAGAAAUGCAUCUGAACGGCACCAAGCAAGUGGCAAUAGAGACACAUCACCAGGUUAUGUUCAUCGAACAUCUUCAAGGCGCUUUCGAAGUGCAGAUGCAAGACUUCAGCUUUUAAGAGCACGACGUCAUGAAGCUAUUGAACGUGAAGAAAGCCUAGUUAGAGUAGCAUCAAGGGAAAGUUCAGAACAGGAAGAAAAUAGAUUUUUGAGGAUGUUUGCACAACAUGGGGAGCAGCCACAGACACAGUCACAGUUACCGCCUUCUUUGCCAGAAAGUGCUUGUGCUUCUUCGAGUCAACAGCUAACUCCUCUUCAAACUCAAUUACAUGAAAUGGGUUUCUCACUGGCUCACAUCGCUCGAGCUAUGUCAUCAGUUGCUGGUCGAUUUAGCAGUUCAUCUGCUCAGCUAUCUCCCAAUGUUAGAGUUAUAAAUCGCCUUGUAACGUGGAUGAUUGAUCAUCCACUAACUGAUGCUGACUUAGUAGAAGCUGAUGGAAGAGAGCAAGAGAGACCAGAAAGCUCAGUCUCGUUAGCUUCUAUUUCACGUAGAUCUCGAAUAUUACAGAGGAGGCUGGAAAUUGUUCCUGGUCGCAGUUCAUCAUUAUUGCAACGUCUAGCAGCCAUUCAGCAACGGCAUGAAGAAGCUGGAAGUAGCAGAAUCCACGAAGAUGAAAGUCCGACUAAUGAAAGCAACACCACUGACCAAUGUAUUGAAGUUUUGGACAUAGACAGUGAAGAAGAGCAGUCAAAUGUGGAUUGUGAAAGAGCAUAUGGAUCUUCACAGUCUACUGCACAUGCUGAAGACUUAUUGAAAGAAAUUGACCCAAUGCCAGUAAAUGGUGAUGAAGAUGUCAGCAGUGGAGAGGACUUUGGCAGGGAUAUUCUUAGCAAAUUAGGCAUGGACAGUGUAUCUGGGUUUGAAGUAGUGUUGUUUAAUGAAAAUGAUCCAUUGGGAGCAAACGUAUUGAAAACCAACGUACUACAAGGGAGAGGUGGUAACACAGUAAAUAGGAGUGAUAGCAAGUCAGCAAAACAGCAUCGCAGUCUUGCUCAACAAGCUGCUUCUCUUCAAGAUAGCAGUGAGCGAAACGUGGCUGUUGAGAGAAUUGUAGAGUCUUUUUGCAUUCUGGUUUCUCGGAGUAUUCUUUCUCACUUCUUGUCAUUGAUCGCAUCCCUGGAAGAUGACUCACAAGUUGUGUCCUCUCUCAAACGGAUUGGCUUGGUCUCAUUUAGCAAUCUCAUGAAAGUUGCACGGCUGAUAUCUACAAGAAGAAUGGCAAUGUCUCCUGAAAACAACAUGUCUCUUCUUGAAUUUAGAAAGCUUUUAGAAGCUCUAAGCGCUACUGCUGCUUCUGGUGACAGUAGUCUCUACAGAAUGUGCUCUAGAGAACUUGUCAAUUUGGCUGUAAACGGUGUAUCAGAAGAGAACAGGCAUGAUUUGUCUCUAGUGAAAUCAGACUUAGCAGCUCUAACUUCACGCAGUAUACCUGUAAUGGAAGUGUUGGUGUCCGUUUUGAUCAAACAUACGAGAGAGCCUAUCAAGAGUUUUGCUACUAUUAGACAUGAAGAGCCAUCACUGGCACAUCACUAUGUCAAUCUGUCAGCUGACACACUUGCUAGGCUAAAAGCUGGUUCCUCUGUUGAUAACAAGUUUAGUUCCAUGCAACAACCUCAGGAAGGGCGUCUUGCAUUGAUUGAUGGUUUGGCUGCGUGUUGUUUCUCAUCGAAGCUAGAUGGAGCAAAGAGGCAGUGGGCUGCUAUUGAGUUGACUCGUGUCCUCUCAGAUCGAAGUCAGAAAACACUUUCAUCAAAAGAUAUUCAAGAUGCAUAUCACAGUGAUGUGGUGGAAUGUCCAAUGAGUAAACUGAAAGGACAUAAGGAGCAGAUUGUGAACUGUUGUUAUUCAAAUAACCGGUUGGCAGCCAAUGCUGAUGACGGUCACAUUCUUGUCUGGGACUUGUCAAAACUCGAGGAUCAAGAACCUGUAGCAGUCCAGUGGCUGAGUUGUCCAAGUGAUCAACGAUUUGUAUUUGAAACAGAAGAAGACGAAGAGCAGUAUGCAUCGUCAGUAAUUAUAGAGUGGAGCAAAACUGGGUUGUGUCUUGCAGCAGCUCAGGAGAAUGUUAUCAAUUUGUGGCGUGCAUCUGCUUUGUCAAGGCCUUUGUUGGACAUUCAGCCUCAUCUUGUGUGUUGCAUGGCAUGGGAAUACCAUCGAGAUGUUCUUAUUGUUGGUCGCUUUGAUGGCUCAUUAGGGUCUCUUUUUGUUGCUGCUACUUCACAUGGAAUUACAGUCAACAGAGUCGAACAUGAUUGUCCUCGAAGAGAAAGCAUUCCUGUUAGUUGUCUGUCAUGUUCUCCUCAGCGACUGAUGCUUGCAGUUGGUUAUGAGGAUGGCAUUGUUUGUAUCUUGCUUUCUGAUACAGACAAAGCUGACUCAACAAGUCUGAGUCAGUAUGCCAUCAGAUGUCAAUUUCAAGUUGAUCAGGCUGCAAUCACUGAUAUCAGUUGGGAUGCAAGUGGCAGUGCUUUUUUGACUACCUGUAGGACAAGUCAGAUAAAGGUGUGGAGUGUGUCUACUGAUGGACAAACAGUUUAUGAUAUUGGCACAAAUUGUGACUUGCUAGCAACUGCUUCAGCUGGACGUUGGUGUCCUGUUCCUGGUGUUGGUCAACAACCUCAAAUGCUACUUGCAAGUGGUCAUUUUGAUGGCUCGGUUUACUUGUGGACAACGCCGGAGAGAGGUUGUUCAGAGAAUCUGCAGUUCAUGUGUGUGCAACACUUGACAGGACAUGAAGCUGCAGUAGUUGACAUUGAAUUCAGCACGAGAGGACUAGUUUUGUGUUCUUGCUGCACAGACGGAGUUGUCUGUGUUUGGUCUAUUCAGGAAGCUAAUCUGAUGUUUCGAGUGAAAGAGAGUCAUCCAAUUGCUGGACUUUGCUGGAGUGGUAGUCACGGCAUUUUUGUUUGGUGUCAGAAAUCAACAGAAAUUGGUUUACUCAAAUUACAGUUUAAUCAUCUGUUGUCGCAUCGAGUCAAUACGACUUGUCGUCAUCGACUUGCUCAAUGUGGAAUAGUGCGGCUAUCGGAUGCUCCUUGUCUGCAGGCGUUUAUAGAAAAACUGCCACAGAUUCUACUGGAACAACAUACGUAUGAAAAGAGUAAAUUGAUUACCGGUGAGCAUAUUGUUCACAGCAUCUAUCUACAAACGCUGUGUCUUCUUGCUGUUGGUCUUGGUCUGGAUCGUGUGCUCUGCUUAAAUCAGGGUUUACCUCAUCACGGAUCGGUGCGAGUCGAUGAAACUGGUUCUUUGUAUUCAUGGCUAAGCAACUUUGCUAUCGCAAUCAGAGCUGCUGAUUCGUUAGCUACUCGAUCACCAUUUCACGAGUCAUUCACGGUGGCUUAUGAGCGAAGUGAAGUGGACACUUCAACGAAACAUAGAGCUCAGGAUAAUUCUGCAUGGACGUUAGACAUGGAUGAGCAAAUCAUUCUAUGGGCCACCCAACAUCCAACUGAGUGGCAGUCAAGAGGAGAUUGUGCUGUGUACACGUGGGGGAGUGGAGGACAUCAUGAGCUCGGAGAAGGCAUUGCACCAAGCAAGUCUCCAGUCAAAGUAUCAUCUUUCUCUCAUGCUGCUCAGGUUGUGUGUGGUCAGAAUUGCACCUUUACAGUGAAUCCAUCUGGAUAUUUGAAAGGAAUUGGGCAAGGGAGCUAUGGUAGACUUGGAAAUGGCAACUCUGAUGAUCAGUCUUCUUUGAUCCCUAUCUCUACACUUCAAGGGUAUGCGAUUGUUAAAGUGGCAACAUCACUGGGAAGUGAUGGACACACGCUAGCACUAGCUGACAGUGGAGAAGUGUUUAGCUGGGGAGACGGAGAUUAUGGAAAACUUGGCCAUGGGAACAGUGACAGGCAGCGUCGUCCUCGUCGUAUAGAGGCUCUACAAGGGAAAGAAAUUGUUGACAUUGCAUGUGGAUAUAAACAUUCAGCUGUAGUGACUGUUGAUGGAGAACUUUACACAUUUGGAAAUGGUUCUUCUGGUCGAUUGGGUCUGGGGAAUACGAACAACAAAAACAAACCACAAUUUGUUACUGCACUGGUAGAGCACAAAGUUUAUCAGGUUUCUUGUGGUUUGGAACACACAGUCUGUGUGUCUGCUGAUGGUCAGAUUGUAUGGUCAUUUGGUUGUAGUGACAAUGGGAAGCUUGGUCAUGGCUCGACGGCAGACAAGACUACGCCUGGAGUUAUCGAAGCUUUUCAAAAUUUGGGAGUGAAGAAAGUCUGCUGUGGGGCACAAUUUACUGUUGCACUGCUGAGAAACGGUUCAGUCUACACAUGUGGGCUUGGUCAAUAUAUCGGUGUGAGGGAUGGUAAUGACAACUCCGUUCCAAAGCAGGUGAUCAGUUUUAACGACAAAUUGGUGGAAGAUAUAGCUGCAGGGGCAGACCACACUCUUGUUCUUCUGAAGAGUGGUGAAGUGUGGACAUGGGGUGCAAACAGUUCUGGUCAGUUGGGAAUUGGAUCAACAUCCAAUCAGCAGAGUCCACGACAUGUCACAGAGUUGGAUGGGAAAAAGAUACUACAAAUCUCUGCUGGAAGGUCACAUAGUGCUGCUUGGACCGCCGCUCCAUUGCCACGUUAUUCUUCCAAUCAGUUGAGACCUAUUCAACUUGGAUUACCAUCGACUAUUCCUGCCCAGUACACAGCAUUACGAGAAUUACAGCCAGAAAUUGUCCAAUCACGGCUAAGAGUGCUUCAUCAUUUCUCUGCAUUGAUGAUGUCAUCUUGGAGACUUUUCAACUUUACCGGAUAUCAGGAGAGCUAUCAGCAUCCGGGUGUACAAGCUAUGGUGAGUGGUCGAGUGAGAGGUCUUCUUACAUCAAAUGUACACAGUGCACCAAUGACGAGGGCAAUCAGCGUUACUAUGAUUCAAGGAAAAAACCACGGCCCACAGAUUACAGUAGGGAGGAUACCAAGAAGGGGUCGUCCGACAAAGCCAGUGUUUAUUCAGAUAGCCAGGCAAAUUAUUAAACUCAAUCCGGCUGACCUGAGACUACCUGCAAGAGCGUGGAAAGUGAAGUUGAUCGGCGAAGGAGCAGAUGAUGCUGGAGGCGUGUUUGAUGAUCUGAUCACUGAGAUGGUCCAGGAACUUGAGAAUGGAACUGUUCCUCUGCUGAUCCCUACUCCAAAUGCUGUGAAUCAGGAAGGUUACAGCAAGGAUCGAUUUCUCCUGAAUCCCCGGCUCUCAUCAGACAAAGAUCUGGAACUUUUCAAAUUCUUGGGCAUUCUCUUUGGUGUAUCAAUUCGCACAAAGAAACCAUUAGACUUGCAUCUUGCUCCAAUAGUGUGGAAACAGCUAGCUGGCAUGCCAGUCACACCCGAAGAUAUCGAAGAAGUUGACAUUUUCUUUAUGCAGACGCUUCGUGGAAUACUGAAUGUUGAUGCCGAUAAUGUAACAGAAGAGAACUUUUCUGAUGUCAUUCCUCUGGAUCAAUUUGAAGCCCCGGCUUCAGAUGGCUCUUUUGUAGCAGUCGGACCCGGUGGAAGUAGCAUACCACUCACAUUCAGUAACCGACACGACUACGUGUAUUAUGCAUUACAUUAUCGUAUUCACGAGGUCGACACUCAGGUUGCUGCAGUCAGAGAGGGGAUGUCUUGCAUCAUACCCGUCCCUGUUCUCUCGCUCUUCACAGUUGUCCAGCUCGAAGAAAGUGUUUGUGGAAUGUCACACGUGCCUAUAUCUGUCCUCAAACAAGUCGUUAGGUAUCGAGAUGUUGACGCCAGUCACCAGCUUGUUAAGUGGCUUUGGGAAAUCCUGGAAUUGUUCAGUCAUCAAGAAAGAGUGUUGUUUCUCAGAUUUGUCUCUGGUCGGUCACGGCUGCCAGCUAAUGUAACCGACAUUCAACAGAAAUUUCAGAUAAUGAAAGUCAGUCGGGCUCGUGACAGUCUUCCUACUGCUCAGACGUGCUUUUUUCAAAUCAGACUUCCGCCGUACAGCUCACGAGAGGCCAUGGCUGAUAAGUUGCGUUAUGCCAUUCAAAACUGUCGGUCGAUCGAUACAGACACGUACAUGAUAGGGAGAAAUGCACCACAAGACGGUGACCAGUCUGAUGACUGAAUCAUGCACACAACUACCUUCCUUUGAUGAGAUUCAUUAUCGCCACUACUGUUGUGUGUGUAUAGUGUUAACUUAUCGUUGACCAGUCAGAGUCUCGUGUAGAUUUUUACAGGUCACCUCUGGUAUGCAUUGUUUUGGACUGCUAUGUUUUGCUAUUGGCCACAGAUGGCUGUACAGACAGUAGAUGUUAUUUCACUAGGUAAAGUAGCAAAGACAAUGCAGUAUC